CAGUAGAGACGCGCGGUGACGCCAGUGAAGCGCGCCGGCAGGACGGAGAGGCGCUCGGGUCUCCCCCACGCGGCGGCGGCGGCUGCAGCGGCUGCGACAUGGAGGAGGCUGCGCCCGGACUGAGCCGCUUCAAGGCCAACUAUGCUGUCGAGCGCAAGUUCGAGCCUUUCUACAAGGGCGGGAAGGUGCAGCUGGACCAGACUGGGCAGUACCUCUUCUGUGUCUGUGGUACCAAGGUCAACAUCCUGGAUGUGGCCUCAGGGGCCAUCCUGCAGAGCCUGGAGCAGGAAGACCAGGAGGACAUUACUGCCUUUGAUCUCAGCCCUGAUGAUGAGGUGCUAGUGACAGCCAGUCGGGCACUGCUGCUGGCUCAUUGGGCCUGGCGAGAGGGCAGUGUCAUCCGCCUGUGGAAAGCGAUACACACAGCCCCUGUGGCCACCAUGGCCUUCGAUCCCACCUCCACGCUGCUGGCCACAGGCGGCUGUGAUGGGGCUGUGCGUAUCUGGGACAUUGUGCGGCACUAUGGGACACACCACUUCCGGGGCUCGCCAGGUGUCGUGCAUUUGGUGACCUUCCACCCGGACCCCGCACGCCUGCUGCUCUUCUCCUCAGCCACAGACGCCGCCAUCCGCAUAUGGUCGCUACAGGACCAGUCGUGCCUGGCUGUACUGACUGCCCACUACAGCGCUGUCACCUCACUCACCUUUAGUGCUGAUGGCCACACCAUGGUCAGCUCGGGCCGGGACAAGAUCUGCAUUGUCUGGGACCUGCGGAGCCACCAGGCCCUGAGGACCAUCCCUGUGUUUGAGAGUGUGGAGGCCGCCGUGCUGUUGCCAGAGGAGCUGGCGCCCCAGCUGGGUGUGAAGUCCACGGGCCUGCACUUCCUGACAGCUGGCAACCAAGGUGUGCUGCGCGUGUGGGAGGCGGCCUCGGGGCAAUGUGUCCACACACAGCAGCCGUUGUCGGGCCCUGGGCGGGAGCUGACCCACUGCGCCCUGGUCCGAGCUGCUGGCCUGCUCCUCAGUGUCACUGCUGACCACAACCUUCUGCUCUAUGAAGCACAUUCUCUGAAGCUGCAGAAACAAUUUGCCGGCUACAGUGAGGAGGUGUUGGAUGUCCGGUUCCUUGGGCCUGAGGACUCCCACAUUGUCGUGGCCUCCAAUAGCCCCUGCCUGAAAGUAUUUGAGCUACAGACAUCCGCCUGCCAGAUUCUCCAUGGCCACACAGAUAUUGUCCUUGCCCUGGAUGUGUUUCGGAAGGGGUGGCUCUUUGCCAGCUGUGCCAAGGACCAGAGCGUUCGCGUCUGGAGGAUGAACAAGGCUGGCGAAGUGACCUGUGUGGCUCAAGGCUCUGGGCACACACACAGCGUGGGCACCGUCUGCUGCUCCAGGUUGAAGGAGACCUUCUUGGUGACGGGCAGCCAGGACUGCACUGUGAAGCUGUGGCCCAUCCCCAAAGUCCUGCUGUCCAAGAGCGUAGCCCCAGACAGUGGCCCUGUUCUCCUACAGGCCCAGGCGACACAGCGCUGCCACGACAAGGACAUCAACAGUGUAGCUGUUGCUCCCAAUGACAAGCUGCUGGCCACAGGCUCACAGGACCGCACAGCCAAGCUCUGGGCCCUGCCACAGUGCCAACUGCUGGGUGUCUUCUCAGGCCACCGGCGUGGCCUCUGGUGUGUCCAGUUCUCACCUAUGGACCAGGUGCUGGCCACUGCCUCAGCGGAUGGCACUGUCAAGCUCUGGGCAUUGCAGGACUUCAGCUGCCUUAAAACUUUCGAGGGGCAUGAUGCUUCUGUGUUGAAGGUGGCCUUUGUGAGCCGUGGUACACAGCUGCUGUCCAGCGGCUCUGAUGGGCUCGUAAAGCUCUGGACCAUCAAGAACAAUGAGUGCGUGAGGACGCUGGACGCCCACCAGGACAAGGUCUGGGGGCUUCACUGCAGCCAGCUGGACGACCGUGCUCUUACUGGCGCCAGUGACUCCUGUGUCAUCCUCUGGAAGGACGUUACCGAGAUGGAGCAGGCAGAGGAGCUGGCCAAGCGGGAGGAGCAGGUGGUCAAGCAGCAAGAAUUGGACAACCUGCUCCAGGAGAAGCGGUACCUGCGGGCGCUGGGCCUGGCCAUCUCCCUGGACCGGCCCCAUACUGUGCUGACUGUUAUCCAGGCCAUCCGGAGGGACCCUGAGGCCUUCGAGAAACUGGAAGACACUGUGCUCCGACUUCGGCGAGACCAGAAAGAGGCCUUGCUGCGCUUCCUUGUCACGUGGAACACCAACUCGCGGCACUGCCACGAAGCCCAGGCCGUGCUGAGCGUGCUCCUGCGGCACGAGGCCCCCGAAGAGCUGCUGACCUACGAAGGCGUGCGGGCCUCGCUGGAGGCCCUGCUGCCCUACACAGAGCGGCACUUCCAGCGGCUCAGUCGGACCCUGCAGGCAGCCACCUUCCUAGACUUCUUGUGGCACAACAUGAAGCUGCCCACCCUCCCUGCAGCCCCCUCUGCCCUCUGAAACACCAGGAGGUUUUUUGUUUGUUUGUUUUUUAUUUUUAUUUUUGUUGUUGAAACACCAGAAGGUUUUAUCCCA